CCUCCUCCUUCCCGGGGAAGGUGUGAUUCAAAUCCCCGGAGCCCCCUCAAGUAUUGACAAGCUGCUGCUCAGUGUUGCUUGCUGGGAAAUAAGGAAAGACAUUUGACACCAAGCCUCAUCUUGGCUCCUGAGAGAACUAUCAUCUCUGAGGUCACUCGACUUAAAGGGCAUUUUUAUUACUGUUUUGUCAAGUCUUAGUAGAAGACGACCCUUGAUCAUGCAAAACGGAUCCGGGGGAAAUCAGAAAAUGUCUUGUCCACCUCUUCUCUGCAUUCCGACUCCCCCAGCUACCUCCGUCGCCUUGUAGAAUUGGCAGGCGCUGGACCUUUUGCAUGCUGGAGAAAAUCUCUGUUUUGCCUCCAGCAAGGAACAUGCAUGUUGCAACACUGACUCCUCCUCUAGUGAAGAAAGAGUGAACAAGUGCACCGAGUUGAGCUUCUUCGCAGAGACACGCGGCUGGCGACUGCGGGAGCAGAGGCUAAAAUCCCCAGACGCCUGGUUUUCUGGGCUGGGCUUUCCCAGCCUUCCUGUUCUGUCUUACUCGCUCUUCUCCUGCCUUCUGGAUUUUUUACCCAGGGCUCAGGAAACUGCUUCACCUGCAGCAAUAAAGCUCACGUCCAUUGCAGGAAGUGCGCACCGCCUGGUAUGGCAGACUCUCCCCAGCAAAACUGAAGGACACUUCUCCUAUCUCUGAAGGUGAGCACCACAAAUGCUUUGCACAUGAGCCCUAAAGGGAGCCUCUGAUACAUUGCCUGUAGCAAGAAACAGGGGCCAACAUGCAGGAAAACAUGACAUCUGUCCUUGCUUUCAUCCUACUUUUUCUCAACAUCAGCCUUCUGAAUGGACAGUCACCACCUGGAAAACCUGAGAUCCACAAAUGCCGGUCUCCCGACAAGGAAACAUUCACCUGCUGGUGGAAUCCCGGGACAGAUGGAGGACUUCCUACCAACUACUCACUGACUUACAGCAAAGAAGGAGAUAAAACUACCCAUGAAUGUCCAGACUACAAAACCAGUGGCCCCAACUCCUGUUUCUUUAGCAAGCAGUAUACUUCCAUAUGGAAAAUAUAUGUCAUCACAGUAAAUGCUACCAACGAAAUGGGAAGCAGUGCAUCGGAUCCACUUUAUGUGGAUGUGACUUACAUAGUUGAGCCAGAGCCUCCUCGGAACCUGACUUUAGAAGUGAGACAGCUGAAAGAUAAGAAGAUGUAUCUGUGGAUAAAAUGGUCCCCACCCAACAUAACUGAUGUGAAAACUGGUUGGUUUACAAUGGAAUAUGAAAUUCGAUUGAAAUCUGAAGGAGCAGAUGAGUGGGAGAACCAUUUUACAGGGCAGCAAACGCACUUUAAGGUUUUUGACUUAUAUCCAGGACAAAAAUACUUUGUCCAGACUCGCUGCAAGCCAGACCAUGGAUACUGGAGUAGGUGGGGCCAAGAGAAUUCCAUUGAAAUACCCAGUGACUUCACCCUAAAAGAUACAACCGUGUGGAUCAUUGUGGCCAUUCUCUCUGCUGUCGUCUGUUUGAUUACAGUCUGGGCAGUAGCUUUGAAAGGCUAUAGCAUGAUGACCUGCAUCUUUCCACCAGUUCCUGGGCCAAAAAUAAAAGGAUUUGAUACUCAUCUGCUGGAGAAGGGCAAGUCUGAAGAACUCCUGAGUGCCUUAGGAUGCCAAGACUUCCCCCCCACUUCUGACUCUGAGGACUUGCUGGUGGAGUUCUUAGAGGUGGAUGACAAUGAGGACGAACAGCUAAUGCCCUCCCGUUCCAAAGAGUACCCAGGCCAAGGUGGGAAACCCACGCACCUAGACCCCGACAGUGACUCGGGUCACGGAAGCUAUGACAGCCAUUCUCUUCUGUCUGAAAAGUGUGAGGAGUCCCAGGCCUACCCACCCACUUUCCACAUUCCUGAGAUCAUUGAGAAGCCAGAGAAUCCUGAAGCAAAUAUCCCUCCCGCCCAGGACCCCCAAAGCAGCGUCCCCUAUUUUCACGCAGAUGUAUCCAAAUCUUCAACAUGGCCUUUGCUGCCAGGCCAACACAUGACCAGGUCUCCUUAUCACAGCACUGCUGACGUGUGCAAGCUCGCUGGAGGUCCUGUAGACACUCUCGCCUCUUUCCUGGACCAAGCAGGAAAACAUCUUCUAAAAUUCUCUAAAGCCCUUGAGACUGAAGAGGAAGAAGAGGUGGCGGAGCACGAGGAGACGAAAAGCUUCCGUUCUAAAACUAAACAAAACGCAUCAUGGCCCCUGCUCCAGGAGAAAGGCUCCAUUGUCUAUGCUAAACCCUCAGAUUAUGUGGAGAUUCACAAAGUCAACAAAGAUGGAGUACUAUCAUUGUUCCCCAAACAGAAAGGAAACAACCAGAUGGAGAAGCCCGGGGUUCCAGAAACCAGCAAGGAGUACGCCAAGGUGUCUGGGGUUGUGGAUGACAACAUCCUGGUGUUAGUGCCAGAUUCACGAGCUCAGAACACAGCUUUGUGUGGGGAUUCAGCCAAGAAGGCUCCACCAUCGCUAGAACAGAAUCAGUCUGAGAAAGAUCUGGCCAGCUUGGCUGCAACCUCAGGCAACUGCAGACUCCAACUGGGCAGGUUGGAUUACCUGGAUCCUACAUGCUUCAUGCACUCCUUUCACUGAUAGCUAGACUCGUGGAACAAUUGGCUAAACUGUGAUUUCUCUUCAGGUAACACUACAGAGUCAUGGAAUAGAGUGGUCUGCUAGCAAAUGUUUCAGGAUGUGGGUAAAAUAACACACUACUUCGCUCCUUCACAUGCUCCCGUUUCAGCACCUUCCUCUCCUCAGCAGCUGGUUUCCAGAACAAUCGAUCGUGUAUGCUGUGAUUAGUAGACUUGCUCUUUGCUAUUAGUAAUAUAUAUGUACAUAUAUAUGCACACAUAUGUAUAUAUAUAUAAAAUGUGUUUAAUGGAAUAAAAGCACAUUGUUUGCCAUUCUUGAAGGAUGGUGCCAACAGGUAUAGCCUCUGCAAUAGAUUUGGCUUGUAGUAGAGGUAUAAACAGUCAAAAUAACUUAGCGUAAGAUGAUGUUGAAAAGGCCAUAAAAGAGCUUUUCAAAACGGACGGCUAAGCCUUUACACUCCUCCUUCAUUUGAUUCGGAUGGUCCAAGUAUAACCCUUUUCUGAAAGGACACAUUCCAGGACACCAGCCAAAUUGUUUACAACAGCCCCUAUGCCUACCUGACCCUUUGCCUGUAUGCAAAUGAAAUCAGCCCCCCCCCUUUUUUUCUUAAAGUAAUUUGAGUGUGUCAAGAAUGGUUUGUCCUGCCUAAAUGUUAUUUCUUUCUAAGGCCUCUAGAGUGUAUAGUUUGGGGGAAUAGAAUUUUCUUACAAAAUAAGGCCAAGGAAUUUCACGUGAUGAACCAUUUUCAAAUGUUUUCCUUGCUUCAUUUCAGCAGGACAGAUGAUUUAUUAUACACCCUAGUAUUUUCUUAGUAGAGAACAGACUCCCAAAGACUAAUUUUAAUCUAACCGGUAAUUAUUGCAGGGUGGUAGUAGAAGUGUUGCCUUACUGUAUAUACAAUUUUGCUUUAAUACAAACCUGUAAGUUUAGCACUGUAUUUUUGAAGACUAUUUUUCUAUCGCUUAGGUAAAGUAAAGACUAUUUUCUAACUUCCCAGUACUGCUGUUUACGUCUUCAAGUGGGGGCAGUCAUUUCUGCUGCAAGGUCAUAAUGAGUAUUUAAAGUAUAUAUAGUAUAUGCAGACCAUGUCAGAGAGAAAUGUCAGGCCAACCCCUUGCCCACUUAAGAAUGUGAAGUAAAUGAAAAAUUUAAAUAGGUACAAAAUAGUACCAUUUAUCUGAUUUUUUUUUUUUUAUCUCCAGGACACUUUAAAUAGGAGCCAUCUCUAUUAGGGUUUUAGGACUCUAGACCUAAAAUAUUUCUCCCGUGAACUUAGGGCUCUGCCCACCUAUGGGUGACUCUUACGAACCAUGAAAGUGGAGAGUAGUGACCGCUAGCAUAGUUCCCAAGACAGAGAAUUGGCUUUGUUUUAUUUACUUUUUUUUCUGAGAAAUUCUGAACACAAAAGGAUUUUAAGCAAAACUGAAAGUCAAGAUCUCUCUGGAAUAAACGCAUUCACAAACUCUUGGCAGAGGCUGUGCUCACGUCAAGAACGACCAGCUAGAAGUUCUAGGAAAUCAAGCAGCUGUUAGUGAUAACAAGAGCUUCAAAGGUCAGGAGACAGAGACUCCGCAAGACAACCGCAGGGGCAGGCUUCCUGAGAAGGCUCACAACCUUCUAUCUCCACCUUAUUAGGAGUACCCAGGACUCAUCUGCUGCAGUCUGUCUCCCCUCCCCUCUCUAUCUCACCUACUGGCAAGUAAUUCUCUGUCCAUUCACUAACAGGAUAUAGAGACUCUGAACUGCACCUCUUGUGAAGUUCAUCCAACAAGCACGUAUUGGUAGAAACUGCAUUCAGAGAUUCCUUGAUGCCUGGGAGUGAACACACAGCCAACCCUUUCCGAACUGCAAAUGCAAACCCCUGAAGCCUAUUUUCCCAAUACAUAAACAUCUUGUGGACAACAGAAGCAUUUGGCAACGUUGUUCAGGCUCAUUCAGUGCCCUGGAUCCUCCAUACUGAAUGUCUGAGGACCAGUUGCUUUGGCACUACUUGGAAAUGUUGUUUUCAGCAUCUCAAGUCUCAUCGAAGAUAUAUGGAAUUGGAGUCUGCAUUUUGCUAAAUGCCAAGAUAACUCACGUGCACACUCAAUCUGGAGAAGCAGUGUUUUCUAUGACCAUUUCCCUGAAAGGUUUUUCCCCCCUUUCUUGGAAAGUAUGGAGCAAGUCUAUUUAACUUGAAAACAGCAACACUGUAUGUAAAGAGAAAGUAUGAACAAAACUAUUAGUGAUUUAAGAUUUACAUAAUGAUGACGUUUAUAUGAAGUCACAUGAGAGAAUGACAUGCCAAAUGCACACACCUUCCAAGAGGGCCAACGAAUCUAGUUCACCUUGAAAACUACUGACAAAGAAAGUUCAAAACCAGAACAAACUAAGCCUUUCCCAACAUAGUCUAUUCUUCUCCAGGAGAUAAAUAUAUACAUUUAUUUACCAAUUAUGACCACUAUAGAACUGAUAGUGCAUGUGCUACUCAUAGUUUGAAGUUUAAAAAUCUGCUUCUGAUAUAUAAUUUUGCAUAGAUGAAAAAUAUGACUGUCUAUAGACAAAUCUCAUCCAACAAACAUCUAUGUCCAUGAAAUAAAAGAAAAUCUAUAGAUCUAUUUGUUUAUUAGAAUCUUUAUGAUAAAAUGUUUUCUGUUGAAAGACAGCUGCUUGAGAGACAGAAUGAAUACUAGGAGUCAAGGCACCUGGGUUCUAGUCCUGCUAUGCCUUGGAGAGUCCAAUUGCCUAUUCUGGAUUUCAGUUUUCCUGACUAUAUUGGAUGAAUAGCCAGCAGCCUUGAGUCUGUGGCUCACUAAGUAAUUUGAGCCGAUGGCUGGCAUCUUACUUAGUUGUGAGACAGUUCUAGAGAUGCAGUCGCCUUCACCAAUGUGCUCGUUUCUGCUUCACCCUUUCAAAUCUCAGGGCCUGUUUGUCUUCAUACAUUGCACGUCCACGGUAUAGGUCAGCCUUUAAGGUCAUGCACAAAUAUGUGUGCAGAGAUUAAGGUGUAGAACUAAGAAAGACACUGAAAAUGAGACACUGGUCUUUAGAAAAAUUACCUUUAAUGUGUCAAGUCAUGCCCACUCCUGCGUGGAGCCAACAGCCUCAGAUCUCUGUUCUUGUAUUUGGUUGUUGGCUG